AUGACGAUCACUUACAGCUGCAUUGCUAAUGGCCGAGUGAUCCUGGCGGAUCUGGCCUGGACCGGCGGCUCCUAUCAGGAAACAGCAGCAACGGUGCUUAGACUAGUGCUUCUUAGAGCUGAACCAAAGACCACAAUUCAAAUGGGAAGCUUUGUCUAUCACAGUCUCUUCAUUGAUGGAAUCAUUUACCUAUGUGCCUCAGACAAUGCAUUGGAUAUUGUAACACCAUCUGCAUUUCUUAAAAAUGUUAGUGAUAUUUUUCUGAAAAAUCCUUUGAUGUCACAAGAACAUUUUUCUCCUUCAAAUGCCAUUGCUGCCGAUUUUCAGCAAGUAUUAGGAAAGUAUAUGAUGAAAUACAAUAAAAAUCAAGGUGACAGCUCGAUAUCCACACUGAGGAGUCAAGUAACUGAUGUAAAAAUUAUUAUGACCCAAAAUAUUGAUAAAAUAUUGGAAAGUGAAGAAAGAUUGAAUAGCUUCACUGACAGAACAGAUGGUCUCCACACAACUGUAAGUGAUGCACACCUGUCCUGGUAUCCAAACAGUAAUCUAAACCAUAGGGAUAACCCCCUUGAGGCAAAUUGCCUAGAGCAAAACUAUACCAUGGGUACAGUGAAAUAA